CCGCACGGAGGGGUGAGGGAUGGAUGAGGGAUGGGUGAGGGGGGACCGAGCGAUGUGAGCUUGGCAACGUACAUAGGUCCUAUCCUGAUUGGCUUGAUUGCACAUAGGAGCGAGGGAACAUGUGUACCAGGUAAUUCUACGUGCACGCAAACUGGUGAUGUUGGCGAGGGGGGCUGUAAUUCCGGGGUCUUGAUUGAACAAAUGGAUGUCAGUGCGCGGCACUUCAUACUUUGCUAUACUUAUGUCUGGUUUCGUUUGGAUGUGGCAUGCUGCUGUUGGUGAUUACCGUACGGUUUUCGUGAGGGGAGGGCCGUUAGCGCCGCCAAACUGGAGGGCCGCGGGAAACAUGGGAUAACGAUCAUGAGUCUUAGGGUAGAUGAGGCGCAAGGGAAAGGGGCAGGGCGGUUACCCUUGCACGGCUCGUAGGUGUCUUUUUACUAGCGGCAUAUCUGCUGUUGUGAUCCUUUUUAGGAUGGGUUGGGAUGCCGCGUGAAGCGGUGGUGACACAGUCAUGGUGUUGGACAGUAAAUCCCUUGGGAGGCGCUAAAGGACGGCAUGGCGAUGCCCGGCGAUGUCCCUGUUACGGCCGCAGCGUGACAAUUGAUGCUGCUGAGGUGGGCACGCCAUGUGUACCGGUACAUAUUUGCGUUUUAUGCGCAUUUGGGGCUAACGCAAAAUUUGACCUAUACAUGUCCUGACACGUCCUUGAGCGAAGCUCCAUGGGGCAGGGUCUGCCAUGGCCACGGUUGCAGCAGAAUGGCUCCAUCCACGACUAAGCAGUCGCCUGAUGUGGAGCCUGCAGCUUCAGUACGUGAGUUUGCACGCCUGGUGCUUAAAGCCAUCUGUCUGGUCGGCAUUUUCAAAAUCCGUACCAAGACAGACGCAAGGCUCUUGCCAGCCCCUCGGGAGGCAGAUCACCCACGUUGGGGCGUGCAGGUUGCGACGUACCUAGCCCGGAAGUACGUGAAAGCGAGCGCGUUCCUGGAUCCUGAAUCCUGAUCCUGCUUCGGAUCCUGUCCGCCGGCUCCGAAGGCGGUUUCCUUGCAUGUUUCCAGCAAUUGGGUAAGAGUUAAACCCUUCGGCGUUGUAAUCACAAUACACAGUAACGAGUCGCCGACACAUCCACGCCGGUAUUUUUAGGAGUCGCCUGAGCUGAGCGGGUUCGGCUCGUAUUAGGCAUUGGGUUCGAGCCUUAACCUCCAGUGAAUUUUUGUAGUUACGCAUUAAAUGUGCAUUCAUAUCUGGGAACUUUUAUAAUUGCUGUAUCACGACCUUAUACCUGUUGGUUGCGAGCGACUGUAAGCAUGUCAGCAGCAGCACCAGCUACCGAGGCGGAGACCGCUGGAAAGCAGACGUGCCCAACAAUUAGCAUGACAAAGGCUACCACCCCACAGGCGGGGACCCUGCCCGCGUUUAAACUCGAGCGCUACUUUGCCCGCUGGGAGUUCUCCGCGCCGCACCUGCUGUGCUGCUCCGACUGCGAGCCGCUGCCGCUGCAGGAGCUGUUGGGCCUGGCGGAUGAGGACAGCAGGGGCAGAUGGGAUAAUCUGCGGCUUGGGUACGGCGAGACGAGAGGCAUGCCGGAGUUACGGCAAGAGAUCUCCAAACUGUACGAUCACGUGGAUCCGGAGGGCGUCAUUGUGUGCGCGCCCCAGGAGUGCAUCUACCUAGCCAUGGGGGCGCUGCUGCAGCCGGGAGACCAUGUGGUGGUCACGUACCCGGGCUACCAGUCGCUGUUCCAGGUUGCUGCUAGCAUGGGCUGCGAGGUGGAGCUGUGGGAGGCGGAGCUGCGGGGGAACGGCAGCGCGGGAUUCGAUGUGCGGCGGCUGCAGUCUCUGCUGCGACCCUCCACUCGGCUGCUGGUGGUGAACUUCCCGCACAACCCCACCGGCUUCCUGCCCAGCGUCACGGAGUGGCGGCAGCUGGUGGCGGCAUGCAAGGCGGUGGGCUGCCACCUCUUCAGCGACGAGAUGUAUCGGCUGAUGGAGCUGGACCCCGCAUCCCGGCUGCCCAGUGCCGUGGACCUGUACGACAAAGCUAUCACCCUCAGCGGCCUCUCAAAGGCGUUCGGUCUGCCGGGUCUGCGGAUCGGCUGGCUGGCGGUGCGGCCCGCGCUGCAGCAGCAGCUGCUGGACCGUGUGGCGCAGCUCAAGGACUACACCACCAUCUGCAACUCCGCACCCAGCGAGGUGCUGGGCCUGAUGGCCCUCCGCGCGCGCGAGCACAUCCUGGCUCGCAACAUGGCCCUCAUCCGCGCCAACCUGGCGGUCCUGGCAGCCUUCAUGCGGGAGUUUGGGGACACCUUCGCCUACUGCCCGCCUGCUGCCGGCUCGGUGGCCUUCCCCAGGUGGCUGGGGGGCAGAGCGGGG